GUCUCCCAUUUACUCCUUUUGAUCACACACUCACUUCUUAUUCUUCCUUCUACCUCUCUCUCUCUCUACUCAGUCUCACUCACACUUCUCCUCUUACUCUCAUCCUUCACCUGCUUCACUCUGUUACUCACUCUCUUAUUUUAUCCCACUCUGUCACUUCCUCCUGGGAAGUUCUAUCAUUCCCCUCCUCAUUAUUCCUCCUCCAUCUUUUCAUUUGCUCUCACAUACGCACUCUUUCACACACUUGUCUUCACACACUUACAUUUUCACCACCCAACACCCACUUCUGUAUCUACUUUCACACUUUAUAGCUGACAAUAUCAUUCCUUGCUCCUUCAUUCUAAGUCUUCUUACACUUCAUUUUCACCAACUUUAUACCGUAUCACAUAUACUAUCUGAUAGUUUCCUUUUUUUCUCUCUCUAAUCCAUACACUUCCAUUGGCUUUCUAUCACUCAGUUUCUCCCACCUUCUUUCACUCACUUUCUCUCCCUUUGAUCUCAUCCAACUCACACUUACUCUCUCUUGUACUCUCCCUUCUCCUCCUCCACUUUCUCUCUGACAAAUCAGCCACCUCUUACUCUCUGUAGUCAUUCCCUCUCCUGCCAUCAGUUACACUCAGACAAAUCUUAUCACUUUGUAUGUCUUUUAUCUGACUCUCUGAACCGCUAUUUCCCUGUUUCUUUUUCUGUCAAAAUCUUGCUCUAUCUCUGGCCCUAUUGGUUUCUUUUACCUAUUUUAACCAUUCUAUCCAUUGAUCUCACAAUUUCUGUUACACAAACACACAAACACACACUCUCCUCCUCCUUCUCUCGUUCCCCCCUUUCCCUCACAACCCUCCCUCUCUCUCUCACAGUUCAGAAGCAGAAUCUUUCGGCUCAGCAUCUUGCUGUGGGAUUUUUCUGCAAUCAGCUCUUUUCCUCUGAAGGAUGUUUGAAACAGGAUCCAGAGCUCACACGGCCAGUUAGAAGUCUCAUUUGGUGGAGUUGGAGGACAACCAGGAUUUCUCUUUAGAAUUCCCGUGAACUGGACUAAAUUCCUUGGAAACAUGAACAUGCUCACCCCAAUGGUACCCUACAGCCUCUUCCUGCUAGCCCAGACGGCCCUUACUUUCUCUCUGUCACCUUCUGUCUCCUGGCCAUCACAUACGGACUGUGUCCAUGCCAAUGAGCUGUGUACGGCAGACCAAUCCUGCAGCUCAAGGUAUAGAACAUUACGUCAGUGUCUGGCUGGGAGAGAUCGUGAUACUCUGCUGUCCAGUCAGGAAUGCAAGAACGCCAUGGAGGUGCUUCAGGAGAGUCCACUUUACCUGUGCCGCUGCCGCAGAGGCAUGAAAAAAGAGCUACAGUGUCUCCAAGUUUACUGGGGCAUCCAUGCUGGUCUGACAGAAGGAGAUGAGUUCUACGAAACGUCCCCAUAUGAGCCAGUCACUUCCAGGUUAUCUGACAUCUUCCGUCUGGCGUCGAUCAAUUCUGGUUCUGAGCCCGUCUCAUCUAAACAUAAUGCCUGCCUGGAUGCUGCCAAAUUCUGCAACGUGAAUGAUGCAUGUAAGCGACUCCGCUCCACCUAUAUAUCAACCUGCAACACAGGAGGAGGAGAAGGCGAGAACUGUGCCCGACGCAAGUGUCACAGAGCCCUGAGGACUUUUAUUGAGCGGAUUCCAGCCGAUCUCUCCUAUCCCCUUCUCUUCUGCCCUUGCCGAGACCAGCCCUGUGCAGAGCGACGGCGUCAGACUGCGGUGCCAGAAUGCUCUUUCAAGCGCCCAGAGAUGCCCAACUGCAUGGAAAUUUGGGCAAACUGCAGGCAGGACCCUGUGUGCAGGUCCAGGCUAUCAGAUUUUAUCACCAACUGUCAGAGCUCUCCUCAGUCUGUGAGCGGGUGCAUUCGUGAUAACUACGCAGCUUGCCUGGGGGCCUAUGCAGGACUUAUUGGCUUUGAUGUUGCCCUAAACUUCUUGGACUCUGACCCUCACUCCAUUUCCAUCGGGCCCUGGUGUUCAUGCAAUGGAAGUGGAGAUCAGGAGACAUGGUGUGAGAGAUAUCUCAAGGAGUUCACACAAAACCGCUGUUUGAGGAAUGCAAUUCUGGCGUUUGGGAAUGGCACAGAUGUAGUACAUAGACAGAGCGUGACCAGUGCACCCCGCACUACAAUCACCCCAAAAGUUGAGGCGAGUAAUGUCCUUCCAGAUAAUCAGAGUGACAGCAAUAUCUUACCCGAGGUUGACCCUGGCAUCUGCACAUCCUUCCAGGAGAUAAAGAAUAGCAGCACUCCAGAAUUAAGAAUAUGUGUCUCUGAGUCUCAGCACAACGUACCCAAUUUGAGGACAGACGAGGAAAGCCAUUCUGGGACACAGCAACUCCAAGCUUCAAUUCUGUACAUCACCUUCACCCUUGUUUUCCGUCUCUCUAUGUCCUAAAGCCUCCCGAUGAGUGGAGAUGCUACCCCUUUUAAACAAAGGACUGAUUCCCGACCUUUAUUCAUUAAAAGUCCUUGAAAUUGAAGGUCAAUGAGGAGCUUCUUCUCUAGGAUAGAGGACAUAUACAGGGGAGGGGACAGAAACAAAUCAGAUGUAAAAAUGUAAUUCAAAUUCACCAAAUUUUGCUUGGUGGGAAAUGCUUCCCAACUGACCAAUGUACAUAUUGACAAUUAAAAUAAUAUGAAUAUAUAUAUAGGAACAACAUGUAUGUAUGUUGCUUGUAAACUGGAUUGUAAGAGUAGCAAUGCAAUGAAUGGGAAAUAUGGGAAAUACGGGAAACUGAUUGAGGAAUGCUUUACACCUUAUCUAGAUGUAUGGGUAAUGGAUAAAUACCUUGAGUUUUUUUUUAUUGGAAGGGAAGUUAUGGACCUUGGGUUGCUUUUGACAAGGAAUUAGUUUAAUGAUGCUCUUCAGGUUUCAGGUUUCAGGAGUAUGAGUUGUAUCUCAGCUUUAAAUGGAAAAGAAAUUCUUUGAGUUUUGGUGUCAGUUUGGUAAAGUUCCUCUCUCUUGUAGGGGCAUAGGAAAGGCGCUCUAUAUACAUCUAUAAUAGGAGAGAGGGUGCUGGCAGGAUAUUCUGCAGGUGAGGACAUGGUAUAGUCAUAAAGGACAAGUCAACUGUAAGAGAAAUGUUAUAGGAAAGAUGAGAAAGUAAAGAAGAGAAAUGAGAAAACUCUGGAAGGAUAGUUUAUUAGGUGCCUCUUUCUGUGCAUCUUUUGCUGUACAUAUCCCUAAAUAUUUAUAAUGCCCUCUGGAAUUGCAUUUUUCUUCAUUUUAUGAAUUAAAAUGUCUUGAUCCUAUA